ACACCUCCACUGCCUCCAUCAAGAUCUUCACCUCCACUGCCUCCAUCACUCAGAUCUUCACCUCCACUGCCUCCAUCCAGAUCUUCACCUCCACUGCCUCCAUCACUCAGAUCUUCACUUCCACUGCCUCCAUCUACACCCCGAUCUUCACUUCCACUGCCUCCAUCUACUAGGCCGACACCUCCACCACCUCCGGGUACCCUUAGAUGGCCAGUGUUUCAACCCAUUACCAUGUCACCAGAAACCCCUCAAAGACAAAUCAGGGACAACAUGUUUGUUCGCAUCUUAACACUGCUUGAGGAGAUGAAAGAGACACAAAAAAUCCAGGGGAGGAUACUACAAACGCUUCUACAACAGCGUGGCAACAUUAGCACCACCAUCUCUUCUAUCCCAGAGGGUUUCCCCCUAAAGACAGUUAGGGAUGUGGAAAUCAUGGAAGAAAAACUGGCAAACCCGAACUUCAUGUCCGAACUGGUUGCAGCUGUGACUGACAUAUGGGGGGCGACUGUUGAUGAGGCCACAAAAAGGAUGAUGACCUUCCUCCUAGACCAUGGCCUAUCCAGGCAGUAUAACUUUGUGGGCCGAAAUGAGAAGAGAGAGUUCAAGGCCUUAAAACUGUAUGAAGUAAUAUAUGGAGGCUUAAAGAAAAACGCCAUGACCAGCCAAAUCCGUAAAGAUGCCGAGAAGGCGGUCUCCAAGUGGCUCAUCGGUGCUAGAGACCGGGGGGGUAAUAGACAGGCCCGACAAGCAACCCCUCAACAAAGACUUCAGGCUUCAGGCUCAUUUGAGGUGGAAAGAAACUAA